AUUAAAUAAAUUAUUAUGUAUUCAAAAAAUAAUAUUUAAAUACCAGUGAACAACAAUUUUUAAUAAAAUAAAUUAAAAGUUUUAUUUUAAUAAUUUUUUUUUUUCAAUAAAUACAUAAUAAAAAACUGUACAUAAUAAUAAUAAUAAUAAAUAAAUUAAGAAAAAUAAACAAUAUAAAAAAAUUCAUUGUUACGAAUAAAAUUAAUUCAUUACUUUAAAAAUAAUAAUUUGUAUAUAAACCAGCUUUAAGACUUUUCUAUUUGUAUUUAUUUUUGUUUUGUUUUUUUUAAAAUAUUUAAUAAUCAUCUUAUAAUAAUAUAAACAAUAUAAAGAUAAAUAAAUAAAUUCGCACUCUCUUUUUAUUUAUAGUUUGAAAACUAGAAUAAAACUAUAUUCUAAAAAUGAAGAGUAAUAUUAAAAUGUAUUUAUAUAUUACAGGAUCAUUAUUAUUCCUAAUAUCAUCUGUAUUAUCAUGUGGCAUGACUACACAUAAUACCGUAGCAAGAAGAGCCUAUAAUUUUUCAAGUUUUGAAGGCUUCACAGAAUUUAAACAGUAUAUAUCAGAAAAUUUUGAUGUUUUUGAUGCAGGUGCAGCAUUCCCAGAUUUCGGAUAUGAUUGCGCAGGUUUAGCUAACGAAUCAGAAGCAGCACAUUGGCCACCAUUUUUAAGGGCUGGAUCACAAUAUUUAAUAGAUACAUACCCACAACCAUGGAGCCAUGAUGGUAUAAGACUAGCUGUAUUUUUAUUAGGUGUUGCAUCACAUCAAGUGGCCGAUAUUUCAUGGCACUCAAUAGGAGGUAUUCAAGAGGGUUUAAUUAGAGCAAUGGCUGGUCAAGAUUUUAAUGGUGUUUAUUCAACUGCCCAUACUAAUGCAGAUGAGGGUGGGGAAUUUGAACUAGCAUACAACUAUGAUUUAUCUUGGCUAUCUGAUAAAUGGUAUGUUCCAAUAACAGAUAUAAAAAAUAUAUUUCAUCUAUUAAACUAUACCAGAGUAAAUUAUGAAAAUUUAUUAAGAUGCAAUGCAGUAUUAUAUGCUGGCGCCAUGGGCGUUAAAAUUGGAGGUAGAUUUUUAUAUCCAGAGAUUGCUAAAAAAUCACCAUUUUUAGUGGAUCACUAUCAAGAUUAUUUUAAUGGGGGCCUAGAUGAUAUGUCAAUUUGGACAAGCUACUGUUGGCCUGUAUUAAUGGGUUGGUUAAAUGGAAGCACCAUAGGUGAAUUCUGUUUUAUUCAACCAGACCCAAAUAACUCUGAUGCAGAUUCGGGCCACUUGCCACCAACAUCAUACAGCAAAUUAGUUUUAGGUGAUGAAAGUCAAGAGAAUGAAAACAGUAAUUAUAAUUCUGAAAAACAUCUUGAAGAAUCAGAUAGCAUUAGCAGCUUAAUAGGUAGCCAAUUAGCAAAACAAAUUUUCAGCCAAAUGAAAAUUGUAGAAGAUAAACAAGGUGCUUCAUAUGAAUUACCAACAACUAUUGAAAAAAUUAUCGACACCAUUCUAGAUAAAUUUAAAGAAGAAGAAGAAAAAAUUUUAGAUUAUAUCAAUAGAUUUAUACAUCCAAAAUAUAAGCAAUUUUUAAGUUCUAACAAAAUCAAAAUUACCCAAGAACAACCAAAACAAAAAGAAAUUCAAGAUUUACAGCACCCAUUUUUAAAAGACAAUAGAAACUAUAAUUUUAAAUCAUAUAUAAAUAGAAACGACAAUAAUAUUAAAAUUAAUGAUAAUAAUAAUUUAGAGUCAAACUUUUCAACUAUCUAUGGUCAAAAUAUGUAUGGUUAUUUUGGCAGAGAUUUUAGAUCCGUUGACCUUAAUAAUGAUGGUUUGGAUGAUAUAAUUAUAUCAUCCCCUGGUUAUGGCCAACCCGGUACAAUGCAAACUGGAUGUGUCUUCUAUGUUAUAAGCAACACCACCGAUAACUAUAAGCCAUUCUACGAUGACACAUCCAAUUAUAAUAUUGAUCAAAUUGCCGCUGGAAAAGUUUGUGGUUUUGAAACCCACUCUAAAUUUGGAUGGAAUGUUGAAGUAUUAGACUUUAACCUAGAUGGAGUUUUAGAUCUAAUAGUUGGUGCACCCUCGUCAUUCAAUGCCGAAUUGACCUACAAAGGUAUGUUGUACAUAUAUUUCGGUUCAAUUGGCGAUGAUGGUUCAAAAUGGUAUAUUGCUGACCCAAAUAAACCAAGUAUUAUUAUGAAGGGUAUUCGUUCCCAUGAUGCCCUUGGUACUGUUAUUAGAUCAGCUGAUUGCAACGGUGAUGGCUAUUUAGAUUUAAUUUUAGGUACACCAAACUCUCACGGUGGUGGUUCUCAACGUGGUAUGGUAUCCAUAUUUUACUCAUCAAAAAAUAGACUACCCGGUAAUUUAACAUUGGAACACUCAGACUACUCAGUACAUGGCUCUGUGGACUAUGAAUGGUUUGGAAAUGAAAUUAAAGUAUCUAACGCAGGUGACAAAGCUCUCCUUUUGGUUGGUAGUCCAAAUUUCCACUUCCCUCGUACAAAACUUGUAAAUAUUGGCAAAAUAACAGCAUAUGCAAUGAACAGUAAAUCAAACCAAUUCGAAAAGACACCAAAAUUCACCAUACUUGGAAGUGGUAACAACGAUAAACUUGGGUAUAAUUUCCACACCAUUAAUGGCUCAUCCUUUGGCCUAAACAAUGUCAAUGAUAUCAUUAUUCUAUCGUUACCAACCAGAGGAUUUGGAGAUGAAUAUGAUCAAGUUGGUGAAGUUGUGUUAAUAGAUGUAGAUCCACUCCGUGGUAUAAACUCAAUAAAAGAUAUAUUCCCAUUACUUUCUAUAAGAGGCACUGCCAAGUAUUCAAGAUUUGGUGAAAGUCUUUUAGUUGGUAAAAUACAUCAAGCUGAUGAAUUUGCACAAUUAUUUGUUGGAGCCCCACUUUGGACCGAUACUAUCGAAACAGGAUCAGGAUGUGUUUUCUCAUAUUCACCAAAUGACCAUUUGGUUAAAGACCAAGUUCAUUUUAAACAAAACAAAAUCAAUAAUACACCAGUUAUAAUCUAUGACAAUGUUCACAGUAUUAAAACCUACAACCUUUCAAAUAUAGGCUCAGCAUCAUCCUCACUAAACAACAAAAGAAAAGAUAGCAGAUUUGGCUUUAGAACUUGCUUGUCAGAUUUUAAUAAUGAUGGAAGAAAGGAUCUAAUUGUUUCAGCAGAUCGUGACUCCUCAAAACUAUUAGAAGCUGGUUCGAUAAAUAUUUUUGUCUCAUAAGCUAAAUAUAAACUAUUUAAAAGAAAAAAACUGUAUUUAAAACUUUCUAAUUUUGUUUUUUUUUUUUAUUUUUAAAAUAAUAAAACUAAAUUAUCUAAAAAUCUAUUUUU